CCUUGUCAUUAUCUGAGUUCUUCAAACAACAUGUGCUCUGUCCUUUUCUUUCCGCAGUCGAAACAACAGAUAGAGAGAUCAGGUCAAAAGGUACGAAUGCUGGUCUUCCAGUGCUGUGUGUCGUAGUAGUCGAGAGGAAUGGGAGGUACUCUAGUUGAGUCUCCGAACGUAGGCAGCUCGACGUUGAACGCUGUAGUAGCCACGCCCACCAGCACUAGACUUAUCUACUCUUGUCCUAUGGGUGGCUGGGGUUGAACGUCAACUUAUCUUGCAUCUUGACCAGUGACGUAAUCAGCCUUCUUCUACUAUCCUUCUCCAACACAUCUUUUCUACACAGCAGCCACAGCAACCACCAGCACGCCCAACUGAUACAAUAAUGUUGAAAUGGAUAUGCUAUCCAAUCAACGCGCUGCAGGAGUGGUCAAUCACCUCUGCAUUUACAACAAAUGAUACUCGUCCAGCUACCAUCAUGUCAAACACACCACCACUCCUCAAGCUCCCAUCCGAGCUACGCAACAGGAUCUACGAGUUCGCCCUCUCCACUCCAACGCCGCUUUACUAUCUCGAGCCCCGCAACGGCAACAAGGCAUUCCUCCAUGUCCGCGCCACUUCACCACACCGACCCGACUAUCAGGCCAUCGAAUUCAACCAGCUCAAGUACACGAACAAACAGCUGUAUGCAGAGACAGCAGGCCUGGAGCUCAAACUCAACGACAUCGUCGUUUGCACACAGUCAUACAAGGAGAGUCCCGCGGACAAACUCAGCGCCUGGCUGUCUUCCAUGUCGCGUGCAAAAGCAGCCUGGAUCAAGACAAUCGUAAUCAAAUUUGAGAUCUCACGGCAAGCAGACCGACAGCACUUGGAGAGGAUGCCCGAAUCGGCAGAGGCUCUCGUGCAGUUGACGCGUCUGUGCAAACUGCACCCAAGCAUGACGAUCAAGUACACAAUCCCUGGCUGGACAUGUGAGAGCUACUUCACACGCUUCAUCUCCAUCUUCUUCGUCGACGCGAUAUGCUAUAUCAUGGCGUUUCGGGGUCAAGAUCGCCGGGAUAUCCUGUUCGAUGAGAGGCCGGACUUUAUGGCAUUUUACAUGAACAUCGCGCGGGCUUGGCAGGGAGACGUGGAUUUGGGGGACUUGCAGGCUGCGAAUUUGUCGUAUAUCCCUGAGGACUCGGUUGAGUUAGCUGGGACUGCGAGAGAGGUGCUGGCUGGUCGGACGAGGGGGGUUACUGUGUUGGAACUCGAGGAGGAACAUGAUCUGGUGAUGAAGUGGCUUGUACAUGGCAUUUGAAAGAGCAGGACUCGUCGAGAGGGCAGAACCAUAAAAGCCUACCUGCAAGCUUGAUUGUGAGCUCAGAUCCGAGCUUGAUUAUAGGCGGGCUCGUAGGUGGGCUCAAUCGUGAGCUCCAUGUAAUACAGUGCGGGGUAAAUGUACCAGGCCCAGUGUAAAAUACACCGACGCGGUACCCCAGUGU